GUAUGGCAUAGAAUCUGGUUAUAUUGGAUACCAUGGCGGAAGAGUCGGGCGUCAAAGUCUCGCCCAAUGGAGACAUUAUAAUUCCCAGCAGUAUGGUCGGAAAACUCUUUGAAGCCUUGCUUAGUUGUCGCUCAAUCGCUCAAGAUACGUUAAAAGUCGCUGUUAGCCCAGACCAAUCAACUUCUACAGAUACACAAGACACAAACAGGAAUUGCGGGCAACUGAAAAAGAAAACAACCGAAUCGAUGCCGAUUAUAGUGGUGCCAACAGUAGAAGAGCUGGCCACUAAUACUGUCGUGGACAUUAAGUGUCCAUUUGAAGGUUGCGACAAAGUACUUGUCAAUUCUGGUGCUUUACAGAUGCAUGUUAGCAAAGUACACGCAAAAUGUGGAUCUGAACUUAUUUCGGAUUCUAUAAUUGGUCAAUUUGGCUUCAACUUCGAGAAUGAUUUGAUGAAGAAAGAUCGCCGACAAGUUUUCUUCUGUCCAGUUGCUAAUUGCAGUCGAAAUCAGACAUCGAAGAACUACUUCACGAGAAAAAGCUUUUUAAAAUUGCAUUACAGAAGGCAGCACAUGGAGCGCAAAUAUCAAUGUGAAUCUUGCAGCGUCAAGUUUGCAGUCGAUCAUGAUUUAAAAAAGCACUUAAAGUCUUGUGGAACCCUUCACUUUUGCGAAUGUGGUGCAUCAUAUGCUGCUAGACAGGCUUUAGUGACUCAUGCAAAAAGAAGAGGCCAUACCGUGCUCGAAAGGUCACAGACAAGUACAGCGAUGAAGAUAGUGCGGAAAAGUGAUCAAAGCAGUGAGAAAAGACAAGACGAAGAUAACCGGGCUGCAAAAACAACAUCAUCACAUUAUAGUUUAAAUCAGAAUGCAUCUGUUGUUCAAUCGUCAAGUUCGGAACAAAAUUUUUUUGAAAACUACCCACGUAAGGUCCCAGAUUCGAAUGAUUUGAGCUUCGAGUCCGAAUGUACGGAAGGUUGUGAUGUUUCAUGCUCACCGAUUUCAGAACCGAGAGAGUUCAACCUCAUUGAAACUUCCAAGUUGAAAUCCAAUUACGUUAAUAAUGCUAGCAAUGGUUGCAAUAACAGUGUACAUGAGCUGAAUAGUUCGACAGUCGUUCUUGAAGGAAACUUAAAUCAUGUUAAUGCUGCGACUUGUUCCAACAGUUCACCGCAACAUUCAACCUAUUAUGUAAAUUUUGGCGAAACCCAGACAGAUGGUAGUUUUGCUUAUUCGCCAUUUGGACAAGGAACCCAAACAAUUCCAUUUACUGCGUCUCUAAUGCGACAAAGUUCUGAAAAGUGUUCUUCCAAUCUCUACAACUUGUCGAAUCCAGCUGCGGAUACCUCUUUACAUGCGACUGGAAUUCAAACUAGUUUCUCAAUCAACCCUCGCGGAAAAAGAAAUGUACCUCAGAGAAGCACCAAAAAGUGUUCAAGCGUGCAAACAGUAGAAGGUAAUAAAAGCAAAAAAGAUUUGAGUUCAAUUUCUGUUCAGACUGAUAUACCGAAAAAGCGCAAAAGACGAUUACAUAGUCAAACAGCAGUUGAGGCAGAAUCUCAAACAACUCCUAGCUUUAAGAAAGCCAUAUCGUCGUGCAAUGUUGACAUGCAGACCAGUUUUCCUUCCACUACCUCGAGUUUUGCAGACCUCAGUGGAACUGCGGAUGCACCAAAUUAUAUUUUUGAUACUGAACAGAAUGCUGGAAAACAAGCUCAAUGUUCGUUUAUUCAGACCGAAACCCAAACGCUUCCUUUUGACAUAUCCGAGUUCUUUGCCAAUUGCGACGUGCGGAGUGAAACGUCGUUCUCGCAGGAGUUCGUCUCGCCUCAGUAUCGGGAGGCGUCUUUGUCUUCAAACGUGAGCAAUUUUUCUCCCACUUACGGAAGAGACUUUUUUGAUGAGGUCGCAGCUGGAACCCAAACAUGCUGGGCAGAGUUUCCGUCUAGUUUUCAGAGUCCGAAUGGGAUCGAUGGAAACUGGUUCGAAUCUCAGUCCUACCAAAAUGUAACUCUAAGCGAGGGAACCCAGACAGCAGAUUUUCUAGAUGAUUUCACAUCUAUAGAAUUUUCAGACUUUUGAUUUAGUUGAUGUACUGCAGUAGAUUUUGUAAAAUGUAAGAUAUCUCGCUGCAAAUUUGACUAACAGGUACAAAUACACGAUUUGUGUUUAAUUUAAU